AUGAACAACUUGCUCCACCUCAAGCAUCAGGACCGCAUUGGAUGGAUCGGUCUGGGGGAGAUGGGUUACAACAUGGCGAACAACCUCCAGAGAUACCUGGCCUCGCUCCAUUUGAAGCUGACUGUCUGGAACCGCACCCCCGCCAAGUGCCAAAGGAUCCACCGUCACGGCGCCCAUGUUGCCAAGAACCUCGAGGAGCUCGUCGCUACCAGCAACAUCAUUUUCACGUCGCUGUCGAAUGAUGCGGCGGUCGAGGAGAUCUACGCACAGUUGAUCGAAUAUGCAGAGCAAGUCGAGCAUUCGAUCGUCUUUGUCGAGACCUCGACCAUCUACCCCGCCCUGGCAACCCAACUCUCUCAAAAGAUCCUCUCCCUCCCCCAAAAGCACUCUUACCUCCAAUGCCCCGUCUUUGGCCGCCCCCCUGUUGCCAAGGCGGCCAAGUUGAUCUGGGUCACCAGCGGAGGGGAUGACAAAGUCAUCAAAAAGAUGUGCCUCUACUUCACCACCAUGUCCAAAUCCAUCAUCCACCUCAAGACCACUGACGUCGCCAAGGCCUGCAGUUUCAAACUCGUCGGAAACUUUUUUGUCGUCGGUUCGAUAGAGGUCCUGGCCGAGGGGUUGACAUUGGCCGAAAAGUCUGGUGUGCACCAGGAGGAUGUUUUGAAGUUUAUUGAGGCGUUCUUCCCGGCCCCUGCUUGGCUCGAGUAUAGUCGCAAGAUGGUUGAUGGACAUGUUUCGGGCAAAGAUUCGGGAUUCUCGGUGGAUUUGGGGUUGAAGGAUGUUGGGCAUAUGAGACAGUUGGCCAAGGAGAAGGAUGCUUCGUUGCCGACUGCCGAUCUUGCGUAUGGCCAUUUGAAGAGCGUGCAGGAUAAGGGGUUGGGUGACCAGGACUGGACUAGUUUGAUUAACCCUCAUCGUGCUGCGUCCAAGUUGCCUUCGAUGACUGGUGCUGCCAAGGUUGUUGAGCAUGAGGAGGAACAUGCUGCCGUUGCCAGUGCUGUCCGCGAGGAGUAG